AAAGCAUUUCCUGUUUAUAGCAGUGAAAGUUUUUAUAAACAGAAUUACGAAACUUUUCCUGGAUGAACAUGCUCGAUAGCAGUAACUGUUCUUAAGUGAGAAAUGGGUGAUUCAGCAGAACAAUUAAACAUGUUAAAGAUUCCUAUGAAAGUCAGAUAUGAAGCUGCCAUGGUCCUCAGUGGAGUAGGUGAUGCAUUGGGCUACAAGAAUGGAUCCUGGGAAUUCUGCAAAUCUGGAAAAGCGAUACAAGAAGAAUUGAAAAGUUUAGGAGGACUUGAAAAGAUUAAGAUAAAGUUACCCAAUUGGAUGAUCAGCGAUGACACAGUCAUGCACCUUGCAACUGCUGAAGCUUUGAUUAAACAUGGAACGAGAAAAGACAUAAGCUUAUUAUACACUGAUCUUGCAACCAAAUACAAAGAAUGCAUGCGAGACAUGAAAGGCAGGGCACCAGGUCUUACAUGCAUGUCAGAACUUCAUCGUCUACGUCCCCUUGUGAAGGAUGGUUUGAAUAUACCCUUCAACGCGAGGGGAGGUGGAUGUGGAGCCUGUAUGCGAGCAAUGUGUAUAGGUCUACGCUAUCCGAAAGAAGAAGAUGUUAGUCAACUGAUUGCCGUUGCCAUAGAAUCAGGGAGAAUGUCACAUAAUCAUCCAACAGGUUACCUUGGUGCAUUGGCUGCAGCGCUAUUCACUGCAUAUGCAAUUCAAGGUAAACCAGUGCUGGAAUGGGGUUGUGGAUUGAUGGAUGUGCUACCCAAAGCCUUACAAUAUGUUAAAGACCAGGGCAGAGAUGUGAAAGACAACAUAGAGAAAUGGGAUUAUUUCAAAACUUCUUGGGAGAAAUAUCUUGCUUUGCGAAAUCUGACUGAUGGCAAAUCAGAACCAAGUUUUCCUGCUGACUAUGGCAUUGAAGCGAGGGACAAGUUCUAUAAGACCUUGAGCUUUAGUGGUACUGCAGGUUCCAGUGGUCAUGACGCUCCAAUGAUUGCUUAUGAUGCUCUACUCUGUGCUGGUAACGACUGGGAGAAAUUAUGUAAACAUGCAGCGUUACAUGGUGGUGACUCAGAUAGUACAGGAGUGAAUGCUUGCUGCUGGUUUGGUGCCCUCUAUGGAUUUCAAGGUGUGCCAGAAUGCAAUUAUAAAAAGCUAGAGUAUAAGAAACGACUCAUAGAUUGUGCUGAUAAGUUGUAUGCCUUGAGUCAGAAUGAAGCAGCUGAUGGAAAACAAUAA